GAGAAAUUUGUAAAUAAAUACAGAGCUAACAAGAGAACACAUGCAGAACAUGAAACCAAAGCCACCCAUGCUCGUAUACUUGGUUAUCUCCCUCAUCCUCCCCCUCCUUUUCUUCUUCUUCUGCUUCAAAACCAACACCUACACACCACCCGGAAACCCCUACUCUGACCUCAAGAUCCGACCCGGGUACACCACGUACAAAACCUACAUACAACGUCAGCUAAACAAGACCCUCAAUCCAAAACUGAGAAAAAUAUGGACAACCCGUGAUUGGGACCGCAAAAUCCAAGUCUUUGCUGACUUCUUCCAAGUUUUGAAACAAGAAAACCUUCUCUUCAACGAAUCCAAGGCCUUGUGUAUCGGUGCCCGUGUAGGGCAAGAGGUCGAGGCCUUACGACGCAUCGGCGUAUCGGACUCCGUUGGUAUGGACCUGGUGCCGUAUCCACCCCUCGUUGUAGAGGGUGAUUUCCAUCGCCAGCCGUUCGAUGAUGGGACAUUUGACUUUGAGUUCUCAAACGUGUUCGAUCACGCUCUGUUUCCGGACAAGUUCGUUGGAGAGAUCGAACGGACGCUGAAGCCUGGCGGGAUAUGUGUCUUACACGUGGCGCUUUCUAGAAGGGCCGAUAAGUACUCGGCUAAUGAUUUGUACAGUGUUAAACCGUUGGUGAAUUUGUUUACGAAUUCUAAGGUUGUUCAUGUCCGGAAAGUUGAUGGGUUUGGGUUGGAUACAGAAGUGGUGUUUAGGAAGAACGAAAAACAAGAUCAGGAGAUGAUCCGAGGAUCCCGAUGAUCCCCUACCUACCUCCCCGAUUUGUCUUCUUUGAAUGAAUUAUUAUCAAUCAUUAUUUCUUAAUUUCUUUAUACAAGUUUUAAUUUCAGCUGGCC